UUAACCAAAUUCAAGAAGAAGAUCUGAAGUCGCAUAGACCGUGAAGAACCGGCGUAGCAGUAGACCCAGCCACGCACAGUGUAUCGAGCAAAGCAAAGCGAAGCUGAGCUGGCGUACAGUCCAAAGCGAGCCAUGGCGGAGCUCCGCCACUCGAGCUCCAUGAGCAGCCGAGCCACGGCGUCUCCGAUGAAGCGAGACGACGUCUCUUCACCAUUGUCCCCCGACAACCUCCCCUACGACGACGAUGACGAUCGUCACUCCCGAGAUCGAGUCCGCUCUUUUUUGUCAAAUUUCCAGUCGUUAUUGCCGUUCUUGGGUGAUGAAACUAGGGUUCAUUCUCGUAAUUUUAAGAUCUCGCUUUUCUUGUUCCUCAUCGUCAUUCUUGCUGGAUUAGUUUUGGUGUCUUCAAUCGUGAAUCGAUGGAAUGCCCCGUACUUGUGCAGAAAAGAUAGCAUUGUUCUUCGCUGUCCACGUGUUAAGGAGCCUCCUUCACUUUGGGAGAAUCCUUAUUCAGCCACCACUUCAUGGAAGCCUUGUGCUGAGCGACGUAAUGGUGCAAUUUCAGAUCUUCCGCGUGCGAAUGAGACAAAUGGAUACAUAUUUAUACACGCUGAGGGUGGGCUAAACCAACAAAGGAUUGCUAUAUGCAAUGCUGUUGCUGUGGCUAAACUAUUGAAUGCAACCCUCAUUUUGCCAGUGUUAAAGCAAGACCAGAUCUGGAAGGACCAGACGAAAUUUGAAGACAUAUUCGAUGUAGAUCACUUCAUUGAUUACUUGAAGGAUGAUGUUCAAAUAGUUCGUGAUAUCCCUGAAUGGUUUACUGACAAAUCAGAGCUGUUCACAAGUAUUAGACGGACGGUCAAGAACAUUCCAAAGUAUGCUCCAGCACAAUUUUAUAUUGACAAUGUUUUGCCUCGGAUCAAGGAGAAGAAGAUAAUGGCCUUAAAACCCUUUGUGGAUCGACUUGGGUAUGAUAAUGUUCCUCCAGAAAUCAACAGACUAAGGUGCAGGGUUAACUAUCAUGCUUUAAAAUUUCUUCCGGAGAUUGAUCGGAUGGCUGAUCAAUUAGUAUCAAGAAUGAGAAACCGCACAGGAAACUCAAAUCAUUUCAUGGCUCUUCACCUUAGGUUUGAGAAAGGGAUGGUGGGCCUGUCAUUCUGUGAUUUUGUGGGGAGAAGGCUGGAGAAAGCUCUAAUGUCUGCAUACAGAUCGAAAGAAUGGCCUCGACGGUUCAAGGAUGGUUCCCAUCUAUGGGGACUGGCUCUGCAGAAGCGGAAGGAAGGACGGUGCCCUCUUGAGCCUGGGGAGGUGGCAGUGAUGCUUCGGGCAAUGGGCUAUCCGAAGGAAACUCAAAUAUAUGUUGCUUCUGGGCAGGUUUAUGGUGGGCAGAACCGUAUGGCACCGCUCAGGAACAUGUUCCCAAACCUUGUUACAAAGGAGGAGUUGGCAGGCAAGGAGGAGUUGGAUGGCUUCAGGAAGCAUGUCACAAGCUUGGCAGCCCUCGAUUUCUUGGUCUGUCUGAAGUCUGAUGUGUUUGUCAUGACCCAUGGAGGCAACUUUGCAAAACUGAUAAUUGGGGCUCGUAGGUACAUGGGUCACCGCCAAAAAUCCAUAAAACCAGAUAAGGGGCUAUUGUCCAAAUCUCUAGGGGACCCCUAUAUGGGCUGGGCCUCCUUUGUGGAAGAUGUGGUUGUUACCCACCAGUCACGGGCUGGAUUGCCUGAAGAAACCUUCCCCAACUAUGAUAUUUGGGAAAACCCUUUGACACCUUGCAUGUGCAGAGCCUGACCGUGACAGUUUUGAUUUUGAAGAUGGAUUUUUUGGGAAUUAUUUGGAAGUGAGUUUCCUUCAAUUGCUUUGUGCUUAACAUCUUGAAAGAUUACACAGCUUGGAAGGUUUGAAGCAAUCCACAUUGCCCAAAGCACCAGCGAGGAUGGAAUGAAAGUUUUAUGCGUGACAGGUAUAGGCUUGUAGGAGAGGUUUGCUGCCCCCAGGAGAGGCCUUGGAUGUGAUCUAUUCUUCUUUUGGGGGUAUUUAACAGUUUUGUAUCCUGAAAAUCACUGAUUUAUCAUUUUUUGAAUAAUGGUGCUAUACUAUGUAAAUUAUUAUCAAAAUGCGUUGUGCAAAACGUCUAUCAAUCAAACAGCUGUUGUUGGCUUCUAUUGUGCAGACCUAUCUCGAUGGUGGAUUGGUGGCAUAUACACCAAAGACGAUCAAGAUAAUAGUGUAUCUUAUU